UGAAAAGGCUGACUAGAGAGAAGGCUGACUAGAGAGAAGGUGACCAGCUGACUACAGGCAUGUACACUCUGUACCAGCACAUGAGAACAGUUGAGGUGGCACCAUGUAGCAAUCCCUGGCGCAUGGCCUGUCUACUGGGCAUUUUCAACUUCCUGGGGUCGGUCACACCCCUCCAUGUGGCUCCCGUGAUGACUGGCCUCCGCUCCGCCUUUUCAGCCACACGGACCAAUAGCAUCCUGGGAGGCACUCAGAAGGCUGUGACCUUCAACAAGCUCCUAGUCAACACAGGGAGUGAUUUCAACCCAGACACAGGCCACUUCCGCUGCAGAAUCCCUGGAGCCUAUUACUUGUCCUUCACGUUGGGGAAAUAUCCCAAGAAGAUGUUGUCUGUCAUACUGGUGAAGAAUGGGCAGGAGGUGCAGGCUAUAGCCUAUGACGAUUACAAAAAGAAAGGGAGGAAGGUCCAGAGUCAAAGUGUCAUGAUCAGCCUGAGGGCCAUGGACACAGUGUGGCUGAUGCUGCAGGACAGUCCUCAGUAUGCUCUAUACAGCAACGCUGGACCUUACAUCACCUUCACCGGUUACCUGGUGUACCCCGACAUCUCCGCCACUGGCUAUCUCAACAACCACCUAUCCUUGUCAGGGCAGCCCUACCCCAACUCCAACUGUCCCCCUCCUGGAGACCACAGAUACGGCUGGAGCGGUAAUGCUGAGGCCCCUGUGGAGCCUCGCUCUGCCUUCUCCGUGGCCAGAACAUCCCCGGUCCUGGGGGAGAAUGGUGGCGGGCACCAGGAGAAGGAGCCUCUGACCUUUGAUGUGGAGUACGUCAACAUUGGAGGGCACUUUAAUAAGACGUCGGGCCGCUUCACCUGCCGCUACCCUGGUGCUUACUACUUUGCCUUCACUGUGGGGAAGCACCCGCGCAGGGCAGUGUCAGUCAAGCUGAUGACAGGCCACGGCGAAGUGCAGGCCAUGGUGUUUGACGAGGAUACGUCCAGGAGGAGGGAGAUGCAGAGCCAGAGUUUGCUGCUGUCGCUGCAUAGGGGGGACAACGUGUGGCUCUACAGCCAGCAGGACGAGCGCUACGCCGUCUACAGCAACCAGGGACGCUACACCACCUUCUCAGGCUUCCUGGUCUACCCAGACGUUGAGCCCACCACCACCACCAGCCAGGACCUGGACAGAACUCACUUCUGAGGGCUCGGAGUUCUUCAAAACACACUGGACCCUCCUUGAAAUGUACAUUGUGCUAUGGUUACAAAAUCUAAUUUGUGAAAGUGUGAAUGUAAGUGCUAAGUUACACUAUGCUUCAUAGGCUUUGUUUAGAACCGCUGUAGUCAGCUUCUGUUUCUCUUUAUUACCACAUUUUCUGUGUAUAAGUGGGUCAUUUUAUGUUUUGUUUUUGGCUGUGUUUAAACCAACGUUAUAGGUUAUAUGUUAGUAUAUGAUGCUGGAUCAUUAGGAUUCUUUGGAUACCUCAUGUUUUUUUCUAUCAUUCACCAAAAACUAUGGGUUAGAAUAAGUAGAGCUUUCCUAUGUAAUCUUUAUAUAUACAGACUUGCUUAGUGACAUAAUUAUUUAUCCCUACUGAGCAGAUGUUUUUGCAAAGACUCAGCAAAACUCAGAAAACCAUUUCAUCAUUUAACUUGUGUUAAAUGCAUUGAGUAGACUACUAUGUAAAUACUGCAUAGUUUGCCUGAAUGACUGUAUGGAGUUAGAUAACCUGAAUGUGAUGUAGUUAUAAAUGUUUGUUCUAUUCUGAAUGCAUAGUGAAAGAAUAUUCAUUAAAGGAGAAGUUUACCCAAAA